AUCGAAACCCAAACGGAGCACAAAUGUAAACUAUGAAUUUUGGAAUUUAAGGACGCCAGAAAGCGGAGAGAAGCAGGAGCAUUAGAUACUAGGAAGACUAAAGUAAUCCAAAGAAGAUGAAAAAAAAAUCCCAACACACAUUCGGCGAUCGGUAUGCGCGGAAGCACCUUCUGCAAAACAGAGGUUAGGCAAAAUUGUAGUUGUAAGGAGAACUAUAUUGCUGUGGAUGGGUGGGUUUUAGCUAAGUAAAUCGUAUUUGCAGGAGCCACAAGGGGCCGCCCUUUGUCGGACUCUGUCAGCCAAACCGCGAUACAACGAAAAAGGACACAAGGGGUUCGCUCGUGGGUUCGAAUGGAACUUACCAUGGCAACAGCAGCAGAAGCAGCUAAAAAGAACUCAUCACUCCACGCAGUAUACACCUUUGGCAAACUGGUUUAGGCAUUAACAUUUUACCACUUAAAUCGUACCGAAUAAUUGGACAUUGGCAUCAGAGUGUUUGUAUGUAUGUGUGAUUGUGUAUGUGUGUAAGGUGAUUGUGAACCAUGAGGCAGCGCUCCAGUGCUUGAAGUAGUAGCAAACAGUAUUUCCGACGAUGGUGAACGAUGGUUUGCUGAAAGUCAGAGACUAAGAUACGUUUGUUUUAAUUAGAAAUUAAACUGCUUUCGAUCUACAUUCCUUGAAUUACACAUAGCCAGGUGAAUUAUACGCAUGGCUUGCUCCUCAAGGGGGCUGUACUGGAAUUCAAAACAGACAAAAUGGAACCAUGCAGCAGAUAAAAGAAAUAGCGCGUAUACUCGUUUCACAGACGCACUUACACUUACCACGUUGAUUUGCCGCACUCGCGGCAACCCGGUCAAGGCUAUAUAGGUAGAAUUAUUGAGAAUCUUCGUCAUUCCACCAUUGAGUGCCCGCGAAGGAAUCGAUAGGCCAUCGAAUGUGCAAUAGCAUAAUAGGAGUAAUAGGCGAACCUUUACAUUUAGCUACUUAGUAUAUAGGCGCAGCCAUGAUCGUGUAUUCACAUUUGUAUUCGUUCAAACUCAAGCCACAUAAUGAUGACCGGGAUCAGCGGUUCUGGCGAAGGCGAUGCUAAAGCUUGCGUGUCGCCGGUGGUAGACGGUCGAUCAGUUGCUUUUUGCCGAAGGAUGAAACAUUAAUUGGUACAGCGAAACCAUUCGAAAACGGUGGUGUUACAAGUAUGCUAAACGUAAAUCUUAAAAUAAAUUGAACCAU